UAGAUCUAGACAUAUGGACUCUUCUCAAUGCAUGAGACCUUACAUUUUAAACAGAGGAAAAAAGAUCCUAUCGCAAUCAACUGUGGACCAUGCAUUUCUUCUGCCAGCAAAAACACAGCUUUCAUUUUUGCCAUAGGAGUAGGUAACAAGUGCAUAGCGUUGAAUCAGUUAGCAGAUUUAGAUGAAUGAGAGUGUCUCUCUGGAGCACUCCUGACUCAGGAAAACAAAUACCACCCAAGGACAACGUGGUCCAGAUGGAGGUGACUGAAGAAAAGGCUGAAAAGCCCCUGUUCUCAUACAGACACAAGCAAGGAUACACAGGGUCAAGCGAGCUUUGGAGAAACAGCUGCACCUCUGCUUUGUCACAGCCGUGGCAUUUCUAACACUGAGGGUUGUACUGCAAGGAAAAGCGUCCGUCUGCCUGCUUGCCCAGCACGGGACCGAGCUGCUCACGAUUAACUUGGACAGAACCGGCUCCUGGCAAAAGCUCGGCUGCAUUCAGCCUGGUGAGCUCUCACCUGCCCCCUUGCACCGCGAGCUCGGUUUGAAACGCUGUCGCCGAGCCCUUUUUUCUGUCCGACUUCUGCCGAGUUUCCCCUGAGGAGCAGGCGAGUGCUGGCUUCUGCCAAGUGACAGCAAAGGCACUUACCCCACACCAAACUCCAAGCCUCCUGCUCUCUCUGGGAAUUACCAUAAUGCCCAGGAAACGCGUGAACAGUCCAGCCAGCCGGAGACACAUAAACCGAGCAGAUGGGAAGAGGAGUUUUAAUAAACGUGGCGAUAACGAGGAGCUUUGUAAAGUAAAGUUUGGAGAUCGAAAGCUCAGCUUUUCGGGGCUGCCUUUUUUUCAGAGGGUCUUCUCACCUGCUUCCUUCUGGCUCGUUUCAGAAAAAAUACUGCACACUGGUGUUUUGUCUCUAUUUUAAGAACAGAGACAUUAAAAGCCUGGGAACUGAGAGAGAAGUGAGAAAUAUUUGGAGACAGACAUCAAGAGACAAGAUAAGGAAACCUCUUGCUUGCAGAAAGGCUCUUUUCCCAAAGGUGAAAACUACAGAAGUAUGUAGAUGAGAGGAAAAAUCUUCCUGUCAGAUCCAAUUGAAAUCUCCAUAGCAGGACCAGCUGCUCCUCUGUUGCUAAGGUCCUUCCAUCGUCCCACUGCAGCGAACAAACCCAACACUGGGCAACCCUCUAAGAUGUUUAUUUGGACCAGUGGCCGGAGCUCUACAUCUUACAGACAUGAUGAGAAAAGAAAUAUUUACCAAAAAAUCAGGGAUCACGAUCUACUGGACAAAAGGAAAACAGUCACAGCGCUAAAAGCCGGAGAAGAUCGGGCCAUACUCCUCGGGCUGGCCAUGAUGGUGUGCUCUAUCAUGAUGUACUUUCUCCUGGGAAUCACCCUGCUGCGGUCUUACAUGCAAAGUGUUUGGACAGAAGAGGCUCAGUGCACGCUUCUCAAUGCAUCCAUCACAGAAACCUUCAACUGCUCGUUUAGCUGUGGUCCAGACUGCUGGAAAAUCUCUCAGUACCCCUGCCUACAGGUGUACGUUAAUCUCACCUCUUCUGGCCAAAAGCUUCUACUCUACCACACUGAAGAAACAAUGAAAAUUAAUUCUGAGUGCUCAUACAUACCCAAGUGCGGCAAGAAUUACGAAGAAUCCAUGUCACUUGUGAAUGUUGUAAUGGAAAACUUCAGGAAGUACCAACGCUUCUCCUGCUUUUACGACCCUGAAGGUGUUCAGAAGAACGUGAUAUUAACCAAACUGUACAGCUCCAACGUGCUGUUCCACUCCCUCUUCUGGCCCACCUGCAUGAUGAUCGGUGGAGUCGCCAUUGUCGCUAUGGUAAAGCUGACUCAAUACCUUUCCCUCCUCUGUGAGAGAAUCCAAAGGAUCAACAGAUAAAAACAAAAACUUCUCUGAGAUGUAUUUACAGCUAAAAUACUGUUUUCUCAUUCUUCACCAAAGAACCUUAAGUUUGUAAUGUGCAAGUCUGUUAUAACUUCCUUACUAUAUUCUUAUAAGUAGAGCAAUAAUGCAAAAGCUGUUCUAUAUGCAAACCUGAUGUUAUUAUUAUGCAGAGAACAGAAAAAACUACUGUUUUGUGUUGAUCGUCUAUAUGAUCUUGUUUUAUGCUGAGACUAGUACUUCUUUCUUUUCUACAGCCAAAAUAGGCUCAAUGUGACCAUUUGCCAAGCUUAGUCAAUGAAUACAUUGACAUUUUCAAUGUAAAGGAUUCUGGGGAAAAUUCACGCCUGGACAAAGGGCAGCAAAUGACUUGUGCAUCGCUUAGGUCUUACAUCUGACUCAGGUCAGGCAAUAGAUCUGUGGUUUUAUUAUUAUUAUUGGCUGCAGGGAAUAAAAGCAUAGAAUUGACAGUUGUCUGAUCGGAGGGCACAGAAUAGACAUAUUGUGAGGCCAGCAUAAGCAGCAACAGUAUUUUCAGCCUAAGCAGGACUUGGUGAUGCUUUGUGUUAGCUUCCCCAGUUCAGAAGUAAAUUUUACCCUAUGGUGUUUAAGGUAUGUUGCAAAACACUUUUAUUUCACUUAGUGCUACAUUUUUCUUAUGUCUUAUCAACAUCAUCUUUGUCACCUACAGAAGUUGUAGCCAAAAAACAAAAAUCACCCUGUUCCAUUUUCUACUCCAAUCUGAGCCCUAUUGGUGGAGAUGGGACCAGAACUCCUUAUGUAAAGGUUUAUUACUCAUUUGUCUUGUAUUUGCUACCAUAUCACUGUAAAGAAAAAAAAAACACAGUCAGCUAUUUUUUCAUUUUUUACUUCCAACUAUUUUAGAUUUUUUUACUUGAUAUAUAUACAAAUAUAUAUAUAAAGAUAAAGCUAUAUUAUAUCUAGUUGGGUACUGGAACUUGAUUAUGGGGUUUUUUUCCUUUGUUUUUACCAACUGCAAAGUGAGCAGUAUAACUCAUGUAUUAAUAACCUUCAGCCUUGGAUUAUAUCGUAACAUGGAGGAGCAGCACUGCAGGAUCUUAUCCAAUAUUCAUGAUGUUGUUUCAGUCAAAAGUCUCUAUUGCCGUGACAUCUGAAUGGACAAAAAUCUCAUCCAGUUCUAUAGGUCUAUUAGCUGAACUGUUAGAUAAUAAUCAUAAUACUUCUGGAAAUCUCUCCUGACCUUAACACCGUAUGCAGUGCUGGCUGAAGUGAAUUUUUGACUUAAAAGUCCCAGGUGCAAUGAGUUAUUGGAAAAAUUGAGGUUCAGAUUAAUAUGCUGUCCUAUUUGUCAGAUAUUUACAGUGGGGAUUUUUCCAGCAUAGUUCCAUGAAUAUAGUCUUGAUUUGACUAUAGAAUGAGUGUAGUCGUGAUUUUUGCAUAAUUUAUUUUUAUUCCCUUCUUCAAAUCCCUUCUUUCCUCUUCUGUUGUAUUUUAAAGGCACCUCUCAUAGUUUCUUACUCUGCACAUAGCCGGAAGGACCAAUGCAAGCCAAUCUCUAUGAGCACCCUGUGAACUCAUAACCCAAUAGUUCAAAGAAAUUUACAGGCUUAUUCGAAACAAGAAAUAAACUUUUUCCCCUCAAAAAGCCUGCAAAAGAAGAAAGCAAGUAUUCUGCCUACUUCAUCUAUAUAUAAGUAUCUUUCUGCAAUAUUGCAUUAAAAAUUUCAAGAUGUUACAAAACUUUACAAGUGUAAUGUGAGCUGUAAAAAAGAGUUCUCAGCAGUGAAAAUGAAUCUGCAGUCUUGUAAUCAGUAGUAUAAUUUUCCUUAGGUAAAUAAAUUCCUGGAGGGUGGGGUUAUAAUUAGGGCUCAAAAAAUAUGUAAUGAAUAUAUUCAA